GUCCUUCGCUUGGGCUCCUGUGCCAGCUCCGCCUUCCUCCGGUGCGCGCGCUGCCUCGCCUCUCCCAGCGCCACCCGAAGCCAUUUCGCUUUAGGGAAGGACCUGGGAGCAGCACACGCACCACGUUCCUGGGGGAAUCCCGUAACUCUCCAGAUGUUGUUGGACUCCAGCUGCUAUCAGCCCCUGCCUGUCUGGCCAGUGCUCAGGGAUGAUUACGGUGGGUUUUUUUCAAGCAUCUUUUCCAGUUUAUUUGGUACGCGGGAGAUGAGAAUUCUAAUUUUGGGAUUAGAUGGAGCAGGAAAGACAACAAUCCUCUACAGGUUGCAAGUUGGAGAAGUUGUGACUACCAUUCCUACAAUUGGUUUCAAUGUUGAGACAGUAACCUACAAGAAUCUGAAGUUCCAAGUCUGGGACUUAGGAGGACAGACAAGCAUCAGGCCAUAUUGGAGAUGUUACUAUUCCAAUACAGAUGCAGUCAUUUAUGUAGUUGACAGCUGUGACAGGGACAGAAUUGGAAUUUCAAAGUCUGAGCUUGUUGCCAUGUUGGAGGAGGAAGAACUAAAGAAAGCCAUUUUAGUGGUAUUUGCAAACAAACAAGAUAUGGAACAGGCUAUGACUCCAACAGAAAUGGCAAAUGCACUUGGACUUCCAGCUCUGAAGGAUAGAAAAUGGCAGAUAUUCAAGACAUCUGCAACCAAAGGCACUGGACUUGAUGAGGCAAUGGAGUGGUUGGUGGAGACUUUGAAGAGCAGACAGUGAAUUGGACUUGGAAGUUUCCUUCAGCUGAAUGAAAUGCAAUUCUGUAAAUAGGACUGGCCGGAUAACUUUUGAAAGGAAUGAGGCUUCUUUGCAUUGUAAAUCACACUGAAUCAACUGAAUGUUUGUCUGUAUACUAUGUUUAAAAUACUCCAUUCUUUUUUCUUGUGUAAGUUAUGUAACAUCAAUUUUUAUGACAGUCAUAUAACUGAUAGUCCAUGAGAAUAAAUUGGAAUAAACAUUUGCUACUUGGAAUUCUAAGUGUUUGAAACUAUUUAACACUAAUAAAUAUAUUUAACUAUCA